UUUUGUGGUAGGCUGUUUUGAUCUUAGAUUAGAAAAUUUCCUUCAUUCUUUCAUUCUUUUUUCUGGAUAUAGUUUGCGGAUUUGUUUCAACAUUCAUUCCAUUUGUGUUCUUCAAUUUUUUUUUUGCAUACUCAUAGGAAGAUUUAUUCAUCUUGUUCAUAUAGGAUCACUUUGAUUUCACAAACACAACCAACAAAACACCCUUUUGAUUUCGCUUAUUUACUCAUCGGAUUCCUCUUUUUGUUUUUGGUAAAAAAGAAUUCACACACACUUGGACUUAGACACUUUCUUCUUCAAAAAAACUCAGAGAUUUGUUCAAAUCAUAUAGGAGAAUCAACCAUACAGACAUUGCAUACUUGCAUACACAGUUUUAGAGAGAUUAGAACCAGAAACUGUAAGAAACUUGGAAACAAGAUUAGGGUUUAAAAAGAAAAAAAAAGCAGAGACGGCCGUAGUCGGUAGAGGAUGUUGGCAGGUUGCUCGAGCUCCACACUGUUGUCACCGACGAGAAGAUUGAGGACAGAAUCACCAGCAGCAGUUCAGUUUCAUCAUCACCACCAUCAAGCUUGCCAUUUUCCCAUGAACACACAGAGAUUGGACUUACAAUGCAGUAGCUUCUCCCGCAAGGAAUCUUCUUCGAACCGUUCAUCAUCACAGUUCGCCAGACCCCUCGGCAGAAGCAACUCACUUGACGGCAAACCCAUCCAGUCCAAGACUUCUCUCAAGCAGCACAUCAAGCUUCCACCUUUGGCAACAGCAAGAGGUGGAGAAGGGUUUUCUUGGAACAGCGGCGACAACAUCAACAAGGGGAAGAAUCUGAAGAGGUUGGCAGAUGGUGACGACGAGUCUUGUCUGAGCAGAGCGAAGAGGAAACGAGGCGAAAGCCAGGAUCAACCGUUGGGAUCAGGUGAUAGUUUCUGGUUUGGGCACUUCACCGGGCAGAAUUCCCCAGAAGUGCCGUUUUCUCUGACGUGUUCAGGUGAGGAGAUUUCUCAGCAAUGGCCGAGUAAUCCAAACUGGGUGGACUCGGUGAUAACCGAGUUAGCGGGUAUAGGGGACAAGGAGGGAGAGAGUAGCAGACCCGCACCGGUUAAGGAAGCUUCUGGAUCAAGUGCAUCAUCCGAGAACGGCUUGCGAUACAGGUUACCCGAACCAACAAACGGCUCAAGGAAUCCUUACUCGCACGAAGGCAGAGGAGGAGGUGGAGGAGGAGCAGGGACAAGUGAAGAAGUGGACAACAACAACCAUGGAGAUGAGUUGCAGAAGGACUUUGAGCUUGUCGGCUUGCUUACAGGAUGCUUAGAAGCAAUUACCACAAAGAACAUUGUGGCGAUCAACCAUUUCAUGGCGAGAUUAGGCGAUCUUGCUUCUCCUAGAGGGAAAAUCCCUCUCACUCGGCUCACUGCCUAUUACACUGAAGCUUUGGCUCUGAGAAUCACAAGGAUGUGGCCUCACAUCUUCCAUGUCAUGCCCCCUCGGGAAUUCGAAAGAGCAGACGAGGAUGAAUCGGGAACUGGAUUGAGGUUCUUGAAUCAGGUGACCCCAAUUCCAAAGUUCAUUCAUUUCACAGCCAACGAGAUGUUACUCAGAGCAUUUGAAGGGAAGGAGAGAGUUCACAUCAUCGACUUUGACAUCAAACAAGGGGUGCAAUGGCCGAGCUUCUUCCAGAGCUUGGCUUCAAGACCGAACCCUCCACUCCAUGUUCGGAUCACAGGCAUUGGAGAAUCGAAACAAGAGCUCAACGAGACAGGAGACCGUCUCUACAGAUUCGCAGAGGCCCUGAAUCUCCCGUUCGAGUUUCACCCUGUCGUUGACAGGCUCGAAGACGUAAGGCUAUGGAUGCUUCACGUCAAAGAAGGCGAAUAUGUGGCCGUAAACUGCGUUUUCCAGCUGCACACGGCGCUAUACGACACGACAGGUGCAGCGAUUAGGGCUUUUCUAGGGUUAAUCCGAAGCAUAAACCCAAUCGCAGUCGUUAUCGCGGAACAAGAAGCAGAUCACGACACGGGUCAUCUCGAAGCCCGUGUCUGCCACUCGCUCAAGUACUACUCCGCGAUAUUCGAUUCACUGCACUUUAGUCUUCCGACAGAUAGCUUGAUCAGGGUCAAGGUCGAGGAUAUGUUCGGGAGGGAGAUCAGGAACAUCGUUGCUUGCGAAGGAAGCCACCGACAGGAGAGGCACAUGCGAUUCGGGCGAUGGAGGAGGUUGCUGGAACAAUCAGGGUUCCGGAAUCUGGGAGUCUCGGAGAGGGAGGUUUUGCAGAGCAAGGUGCUUCUCCGGAUGUACGGCGGCGGAGGCGGAGGCUUCACCGUCGAGCGGCGGGAAGAGGAGGAGGAGGGCGGCGGAGUGACGUUGCGGUGGUCGGAUCAGGAGCUCUACACAGUGUCGGCUUGGACGCCCGGCGAGAUCGGAGGGAGUUCUUCGUCUUUCUCUCAACGCAGCUAAAUUUUUUUUUAACUUUUUUUAAAAGAAAAAAAUACAAGAGUUUUUUUUUAGGAUUUAGAGAAAGCUAGAGAUGAAAAAUGAGGGAAAAAAAAUAGAGAGAUCGGAUGUUUUUCUAUUAUUUUUUAUUCUUUAUUUUUUUUUUAAUUUAUUUUCCAGAAAACUACAAAACUUAAUAGAUGAAAUUGUAUGUCUUUGUAAUGUUU